UUUUCUGUCAUAUACAGAGGGUUCAUAUUUCUCUGUCGCCAUUAUCCCUUUCAUAAGUUAUUUCCUCUAUGCAAGUCUAACUGUACCUCACAAUGCAUCUUGCAGGUUUUCCAAAAGCGAUUGCCUCCAGAAGCGGUUGACCUGAUUUGUCGGUUUUUCAAGUACUCACCCUAUUUGAGAUGCACUGCUUUGGAGGCUUGUAUUCAUCCAUUCUUUGUUGAAUUGAGGGAUCCUAAUACCCGUCUUCCCAAUGGUGGCCCUCUUCCACUACUUUACAAUUUUAAGCCCCAAGAGCUCACCGGAAUUCCUACUGAAACCUCCAGCGCGUCGUUCCAGAACAUGCUCGAAGGCAGAAUUUAUUCAUGGCUUUACGAUCCUAGUGGCUAUUUCACAUUUUUGCCACUGUCCCUUUCUGUACCAUGUGAUAAAUUGGUGUUUGGACAUCAUCCACAAGUGCUUGUUAAAUGUGGUUGUAGAUCAAGUUCACAGCGCUGUUAGACUUGCCGUUGCACGUAUGUGAGAGAGCAUCUUGUAAUUUGUUCCUGAUAGCUGUAACGAAUACUGUGCAUAUAUGUCAAAGCACGUUUUGUAUACGUGCGAAAACACUGAGGUUUUUGGUUUGGAUGAAGAAAAGCUGAAGAGGAUUUUUAUAUAAUUGUUUCAGUUUUUUGUUUUAGCCCCAAUUUGCUUCAUGGGCAAUGCUAGCUAAUUGUCAUACCAUAAAAGGGUAAUAUACGUCUUCAGUAUUUCCUUGCAUGUGUUAUUCAGUGAAACACGA